AUGUCUUCAAUAUUUGGAUUGGUACCUAUCUUGGCCGUGGUGGCCAUACAACUCCUCUUUAUACGCAGUGUUUCUUCCAUGAACCUCACCAAUGCGUAUUUGCACCACAAAUGCAACAACACCGAAGGAAGAUACAAGCCAGGGAGUGUGUUCGAGAAAAAUUUCGACAUGAUCCUCCAUACAGUUGUCUAUAACGGCAAUUUAACCGACGGGUACCGCACCUACCAAAAAGGUAAGGAUCCCAAUAUUGCCUUCAUCAAGUUCCAAUGCCGUGGCGACUCCUACGGGUCCAAGUGCCGGUCUUGCCUAACAACAGCCGUCUCUGAGAUCGAUUACGAGAACGAUUUCUAUAUGUCUAACGCGAACAACGUGAGCGGCAAUCCAGAAUUGUUCAACAGAGAGAUUUCGGAUCUCCUGAAGAAGCUGACAAUAAAAGCCACCAAUGAAAACAUAGUAGAAGGCAGCAAAGGAUUGUUUUACGGGGCGGGGGAGACAACGAUCGGGACAAAAAAGAUUUACGCAAUGGUGCAGUGUACGCAAGACUUAGUGUAUAACAGUUGCUAUGCGUGUUUGGAAUGGAUUUUCAGGAAGUUGCCAGAGUGCUGUGACGGUAAACGAGGAGGAAGAGUUUUGGGUACAAGCUGUAACUUUAGGUAUGAGUUUUACCCUUUUCUUAGAUAUUAA